CGGGUGUCUGCGCCGCCCGAGGGAGCUGGGGCCGCGGCACCGCGGGCCGAGCGCCCGGGGAGCUGAGGCCGCUGGAGGCGAGGGCGGAGGAGCGCGUCUGGCGUCUCCGGGGCCGGAGCAGGCCGAGGGGACCAUGUCCGGGAGGAACGUCCACCUCUCCACCACCGAACGCGUCAUUAAAGCUGUCCCCUUUCCUCCAACCCAGCGGCUUACUUUGAAGGAAGUAUUUGAGAAUGGGAAACCUAAAAUUGAUGUUUUGAAAAACCAUUUGGUGAAGGAAGGGCGACUGGAAGAGGAAGUAGCCCUAAAGAUAAUCAACGAUGGGGCUGCCAUUCUGAGACAAGAGGAGACUAUGCUCGAAGUAGAUGCUCCAAUCACAGUGUGUGGCGAUGUUCAUGGGCAAUUCUUUGACUUGAUGAAAUUGUUUGAAGUUGGAGGAUCACCUAGUAAUACACGCUACCUCUUUCUUGGUGACUAUGUGGACAGAGGCUAUUUCAGUAUAGAGUGUGUGCUGUUUUUAUGGAGUUUAAAGAUCAAUCAUCCUAAAACAUUGUUUCUGCUUCGAGGAAAUCAUGAAUGCAGGCAUCUUACAGAGUAUUUUACCUUCAAACAGGAAUGUCGAAUCAAAUAUUCUGAACAGGUGUAUGAUGCGUGUAUGGAUACAUUUGACUGUCUUCCUCUUGCUGCCCUCUUAAACCAGCAGUUUCUGUGUGUCCAUGGAGGGAUGUCACCUGAAAUCACUAGUUUAGAUGACAUUAGGAAAUUAGACAGGUUUAAGGAGCCUCCAGCCUUUGGGCCAGUGUGUGACCUUCUUUGGUCUGAUCCCUCAGAGGAUUACGGCAAUGAGAAGACCUUGGAGCACUAUACCCACAACACUGUCCGAGGGUGCUCGUAUUUUUACAGUUACCCUGCAGUUUGUGAAUUUUUGCAGAACAAUAAUUUGUUAUCAAUAAUCAGAGCCCAUGAAGCCCAAGAUGCCGGGUAUCGAAUGUACAGGAAGAGCCAAACAACAGGCUUUCCAUCACUCAUUACAAUUUUCUCUGCCCCCAAUUACCUAGAUGUCUAUAACAAUAAAGCUGCUGUGUUAAAAUAUGAGAACAACGUCAUGAACAUCCGGCAGUUCAACUGUUCUCCUCACCCCUACUGGCUUCCGAACUUCAUGGAUGUUUUCACGUGGUCUUUGCCUUUUGUUGGGGAGAAAGUCACAGAGAUGCUGGUUAACAUUCUCAACAUAUGCUCUGAUGAUGAAUUGAUUUCCGAUGAUGAAAUUGAAGAUCACUACAUUUCAAGCUAUCAGAAAGGAGGCACUACAGUUCGAAAGGAGAUCAUCAAGAAUAAAAUCAGAGCCAUUGGGAAGAUGGCACGGGUCUUUUCAGUUCUUCGGGAAGAGAGUGAGAGUGUGCUGACCCUCAAGGGCCUGACCCCUACAGGCACACUCCCUCUGGGUGUCCUCUCGGGAGGAAAGCAGACUAUUGAGACAGGAUUGAAUUCCUCCUUCUCUUUCAAAUUGAAUCCUGGAAUCUUAGAGUUUAGCUAUUUGGAAAGAAGAAUGAACAUUUUCUCCUUGGAAGUAUAUAAUUAACUUCUGUAGUUUCCUAGAAAGGAUCAAUAAACUAUUUCAGACUGAGUUUUUCCUCUCAAAUAAAUGUGCAGUUUCUUGUAAGCAAAAUACCUUCCACCAUUCCUUUGCUUGGUAAUGAGUUUUGCGAGGUGUUCUGAGAGCAGCUCUGACAAGGCGAUUCUGAGUUACUAGGAAGCACCAUGGGUAAAGAAGAAAGGGGAUGUCCUAAAGCAUCUUACUUGAAAAGUUUUCAAAAUUUACUGAUCCACAAAGUUGUUCUUUUACUCCGAACCAGUUUUUUUCUAGACUUUGAAAACCUGCAAAUCUAGGAUGAGUAACAAAGAGAAUUUUAUGGAUGUGUUGUUUGAAGAUUUGUUUGUUUAUAAUCCUUGGUCUACCUUUUGUUCUCAGUUUCAAAUAUAUCCAGUUUCUCCUCAUUCCUAAUUUGAAUAUGAGUGUUUUUAAUCAAUAUAGGAUUGUUUAUUGAUACUUCCAAAAUUGAUAGAAAUCUUUAGAAAUGCUUAAGAAGAACAAAUCUAAAGUUGGAGCCAACUUUUUAGAGCUUCUUAUUCUCUUAUUGAUUGAUAUAAACUGAGUUUGUCAUUUUCCUAUCAGAGUCUCAGUUCUACAGGUUCAUUGGCAAACUGGAGCAUUAGCCACAAAAGACCUUUUAUUGUUCAUAUAACUUUAUUUGGAGAACUUUCAACCAACAAUACCUCGUAUGGUUUUAUAGCAUACAUUCAUUUAUGCCCGAUCUUGUUCCAAGAGGUAUUUGAGUAAGUUACAGUAUACAUUCAGUACAGUGAAGUCAAAUAAAUAUGCUUGGAAAUUGGAGCACAAAAGAAAACAAAAAAAAAUGCCAAUAGUCAGCCACAAAUUAGACUCCAAGCUUCCUAGUAGCCAAAAUAAAGAGGAAAGCCAAGAACUGAACAAGAGUCACAAAGACCAUAAUAUAAAAAACAGAUCAGUUAUAAAUUGAACUACAUGAGAAUUAAAAAUUUCUGUGCUGCAAAUGGGACCAUCAAGAAAGUGGAACCCAAAGAAUGGGUGAAAAUACUUACAAAUCAUAUAUCUGAUAAGAGAUGGUAUCUAGAAAAUAUAAAGAACUCUCUGUCUGAAUAAUAAAA